AUUCUGUUACUUAUCACAGCCAUCUCUACACCUUUUCCGAUUCUAUUUCAGUAUCAAUAAUUGUAAUUUGAAUAGUCAUUUGUAUUUAAGGAAAUGUCACAUAUGAAUGUGAACAUUCAAUUGUUUUUGAGAAAGUAUAAUUUUUGUAAUUGAGGAAUCCAAAUAAUAUCGCAACUGAUCUUUUUCACAACUUGAAAUAUAGAACAUCGGAUCACUUUAUGAUAAAAUGACGCAAGAGGAUAGUAUUCUCUCUUUCAAUUCAUUACUACUCAAAUAAAAUUGACUGUUCUCAUUUAAAUCUGAUUUCUUCUCAAUUAAAAUUAGUUAUUCUAAAAUACAAUUGAUGUCUUCUCAAAUUGAUUCAUACUUUCUCAAAUACAAUUGGAAAAGGUGUAGUAGGAUAUCAUACCCAUGAGCUGUAAAUGCUGUAAGGUCCAGUUUUAGCUGAUGAGAUGUAUUAGUCAAAUAUUAUUCUCACUGAAUUUCAGUCUAUUUUCUUCAACCAAUCAGGCUGACUGAACUUAGUUAUGCAGCGUUGCCAUUUUCAUGGGAUCAGCGCAUCUUACAAACGAUAUGGUAGUUGUGGUAGUACUGUAUAGUGAAGUUGAUAUCACGGUAGAGUACCGUAGCCUAUCUAUAAUAUUGUGAAAAAGUGAUUGAAACUGUCACAAUUAUUGAAAAAAAAAUGGUUUUGGUUGUUGGAUUGAUAUUGAGAUUCAUUUUAAACUGUCAGCAAUCAUUAUAAAUAUCAAUGUUUCAAGUGAAUCUCACUCACUAUAUAGUAAGCCAGAACUCUAUUCUAUUCUCUUCCAAUCAAGUCCAUAGUUUUUAAGAUCAAUCAUCAUUUUAUUGAUAAAUGAUGUAUUUACAUAGGAUAAUUUACAACGAUAGUAAUUUACAUAGGAUAUUAACAACUAGUUUUUAGAUUUGGUAUUAUCAUUUUUUGUCAUCAGUUAUGGAGGUUUUGUUUCACAAAAAUUAUAUAGGUAAAAGACUCCCUCACACUAGACGUCGAUACUGAUAGCCCAGUCAAUAAAGGUUUAUUCGAUCCAAUUUGUUAACAGUAAACAGGGAAUCAAUUAUUAUCUCUGUAACCUUUAAUCGAAAAAAAAACUAUCAUAUGUCAUUCGAUUCGUUACAUUAUUGACUACAAUAUUAGUCGUUUUUCGAUUUGAUAUUUUUGUUUUCUCCGUUAGGUACUUGAAGCAGAUGAUUUAAAAGAAAAAUGAGCCAAUAAUUUAUGUCGGCAAUUUCAUUGCAAAUCCAUUGAUGUGUAUUGUUAUGUAUUUGUAAUCAUUAGAGGCUAAUGAUUUUUUUCCAAAUUUGCACCCAUGAAUAAUUUUUCUCAGGAUGAUAAAAAAUAAAAAUAUCCGUUACAGAUUCGAAUUUGGCGCCUGUUUGAAUUCAAAAGUGGUAGCCAACCCCUGUUAUUGAUUUGCAGCGAUGACGUCACUUGACUGAGAGCAGGUUAUACACGUUGAUGAAAGAAAACAUUGCACUCAGCAGUCAGCACAGCACUCAAUAGUAGAGAUAAAGCAUGGCUCUACCAGUGCAAAACUGCUUCAACGUUUUAACCCUCAGACAGGGUACACUGCUAAUAGCUGUCGUCGAACUGUUCCUGUCAGUGCUGCUGCUUUUCCUGCUGGUGGUGGGGAGUGCGGACGCGCAGGAGAUGGCGGCUGUGUUGGAGGCGGACAUCGAGGACAGUGCGGCGAGGGAGGGCAUCGCCUUGGCACCCGACGACCUGCCUCAGUCCGUCACCACCACUCACAACCAGGUUCAGUUGCACAAGGCGCAGCAUCUCGCUCUAGUGGUUAUAAUGUCGCUUUACACCGGAGUUAUCAUGGCAAUCGUCCUCCUCAUUUCCUGCAUACUUCUGCUAUAUGGAACAGCAAUGAGGUUUCGGAAGCUGAUGUUACCCUGGAUCAGCAUUGCUCUGCUAGGUCUGGUGUUGAGUAUCACAGGAAUGCUGGUGUCCAUGUUCCUAGCUCAAGGCUUCAGAGCCAUGUGGAUACUGGCUAUUGGAUCGACGAUGAUUGUGUUUGCAUUCUACAUCUGGCUAGUGGUGUACAGUCACUACAAAGAGCUGUGUGCUCUAGAGGAGGCCAUCUGCAGUACCAACCAUCACAUGCUCAAGAACGGAUACUUCCACUUUCCAGAAAAAGCAUACAAUGUAUAAUUCAUUACACAAAAUUGUACAGUGCUACUUCUACACUUUAAAGCGCUUUGCAAAUUUCGAUGGAAUGUUUUGGACUCUGAGACCACAGGGGAGGAGAAGCUGUUGCUUACAUUUCUGGAAAAUAUUUUAUUCAUUCCAGAAAUAGUAUUCGCUCGACUUAAUUCCUAUUUAAUUACUAGCCUUCAUAGAAUUCUUCAUAUAUAACAUUAUAUUCAUUAAUUAUUUUAUAAAACAGCGUUCUGAUUCUAAUAUUACUGAAUCACUUAUUUACGAAUAUAAUAAUAAAUUAUGAGUAUAUUUACUAAGUAUGAAUCUUGGCAAAAAAUACAUUCAAAGGAAUUGAUAAAUACAAUGGAAAGAAGAUUUUCUCACUAAUAAAAAAUCGUCGUUAAACAUGUACCUUCCGUACCUAGCAAUAUUCUAAUGAAAAAUGUUCAGAUAAUAAUAAUAAUAUUGUGAGAAUAAAUCCAAGGAUAAUGAAGUAAUUAAGGAGGGUAUACAAAAUAUAAAAUUGGAAUGAUUAUGAAAUAAGUAUAAAUAGAAUGAUCAAUUAUUAUGAAUAUAAAUUACACAAUAAUAAUUAUGAAAUAUAGUUAUUUGAUAAGUGUGGUAAAGUUAAGCGUCUUAACUCAAAAAGCUUGGGAGAUUUUUCACAUAAAGUAUAUACUGCCUUGAAGAUUUAAAAUGCUUGUGCUUGCUAUGAUAAGAUUAUAUAAACUCUUAUCUCUAAGCUUUUUCUGAUGAGAAUGGGGAUAUUGAGGGAAUUGCCAGUCUAUGAAAAUACUGUGUGAAAUACUGUAGCUCUCUGAUAUAUGAAUCUCUUUUGAGUUACGAAAUAUAUAUAUCUCUAUUUUUCUCACAUUAUAUUGGAAUAUUUUUAUAACUUUUGAUAUGCUUUCUUACUCAAAUUGAAAGUUUAUUGAAAGUCAUUGGUGUGACCAGUAUCAGGAAAUAUUUAUGAUAUCUCUGAAUAAUUGUUUUCGUUUUAAAGUUCACUUUCCUUGUUAAUAUUAUCAUUGCUGGUGAACAGGAACUUCUAUGCUUUUUAUAAUAUUGUAGUUGAUUUAAAUACUAGGUAUUGAAAAGUAGCCUACAUAGUAGAGGAAUAUUCAUACUAUUGUGGGACGGAUAAGAAGGAACCAAGCAGUAUUUUUUGUAACAAAUUGGAGUAUUACUUUUCUAUUAUAAUGCUUGAGCAAUUAAAUUAUUGCUUAGGGAUAAUUGUUAACAUAUUAUUCAAAAACUUUAUUAUAUAUAGUUUGUUUCUCAUUUUUAUGAUUUUCUUAGUUGAAGAAUAUUUUUUCAGCCUGUUAUUUUUUAUAAUUAUAAGUUGAAAAUUUUGUAUACUAUUGAUUUAUCAAAGUAGCGUUCAUUCUAAAUAAAUAAAAUUAGAUGUAGGCUUCUGUAUGUACUAUUAUAUUGUUCUGCUUUGUAAAAUAUCCUUAAUUUGAUCAAUAUUUUUUAUAGUCUCUCAAUAGAUUCUUUUUCAAUUUUGAAAUCAUUAAACAUUCUUGUCCAAAGAAGAAAACCGGUCUUACUAAUAAAUUAGUGUCCGUUUUCUAUAUUCAGUACCGUAGCUCACUGAAUACAUGGUUAUUUUUGUAACUAUGGAAUAUUAAACUCUUUUAUAUUAUAGUCAAUUGAUAGCGAUAGUGUAUUGUGUACCGUAUUCCUAAUUUCUCAUCAAUAUAGAUUUGCGAUUAUGAUUUUGAAAAAUAAGAAUUGCCUUCUUAUGACAAAAUAAUUACACGAGUGUUGUUAAGCGCUGUUUGAUAUUUUUUAUUAGAGAAAAUGUUGAUCAACUUUUUUUGUAGCUAGCACAAAAAUUAUAGAAUUGCACAUUGGAAAAAUUAGAAUUUAUUCUAUUUGCACGCACAAUUUUUAUAAAUUAUCAAAGUAAAAACACCAACAAUGAUUCAGUUUUAGAAAUAGUUUCAUCAAUUUCGUUAUCUGGAUAAAGAAAAUCUCUAUAAGUCAAUAUAAUCAAUACAAUUCAUUUUUUGAUAUGUUUUAUUAACAAAAAUCCUCAUGAAACAGGAUAAACAGUACCGUAUUUGUUUUCUUUUUCACUGUAGGUACAUAGAAAAUAUUGUCAUUCUUCAAAAAUAUACAGUAUAUUAUCGUAUUGGUUGGAUAGUGAUAAAUUAUAUGUGUAGAUAUUAUUUUACAGAAUAUUAUAAUUAUACAUAACAAGAUAGACUUUGCUGGAAGAUAAACAGUUGUAGAUCUCUUUAGAAAUAUUAUGUAGGCUAACACACAUAGAUAUGAUAAUAUGCUACUUUCAUAAAUUCUAAGCUAUAAUGAAUAAUUAUUUAUGUGUAUUGUCAUGAUAAUUAUGCGAAUUAUAACCACUUCUGGAGCUAACUUCAAAGUGUGUUAUAAUCAAUGGUCGAAACUAGGGAAUUUCAUAUUUUUGUAAUAUAUAGUUUUGUAAAUUAGUUAAGGCAGUUGGAAAUGAUAAAAAUAAUUAUCGUAGAACAUUAGAGAGAUUUGAAGUAGAGUGUCUCAUGUAGAAAGUUCUUAUCCUGGAGUAGGGAUUUUUUCAGUUUUCCUUCAAUAUCUUUUGAACCCAGCGGUUUUGUGAUGUAAAAAGCUAUUAUAAAUGUAUCUGGGGAAUUAUUCAUUAUUUAUUAAUUUAUUGAACCAUGCAGUUAAUAAUGAUGGAAAUAAAUUUGAGUGGGAAAAAGAGUGUAAUUAAGUUAUUGAGCUGUUUCUUAAAGCUUUUAAUGAUGAGGAACUGGUUUUCUAUCUCGCCGUGUAGCCAUGUUCUGGAGAACCUACUAUUUUUGGUGGGUUCCAUAACACUUCAAAACUACCACUCAGUUUUAUAUGCAGAUACUCUAUGUGAGCUAUAUAAGCUCUAUCUAUUAUGUAAGCUGCCACUAAAUCAGGGAUUAUUUUAGAUAACAUUUUAUUCUGUAGUUAAUCUAUUAUUUCGAAUAAAAAGUUAAUUGAUCUUGUGAAAAUAAAUGUUGAUUUUCGAAAUUUUGAGAAUCACGAAACGAUUACAAAUCAAUACUAUUUUCAAGUAAGCUUCCGAAUGAUUUGUGAAUUAAAAUACUAUCUAUUAAUAAUAAUAAUAAUUAUUAUUAUUAAUAAUUAAUAUUAUUAAUUGUUAUAAUUAAUAUUAGGUAAUUAUUAUUAUUAUUUUUUAUAAUUAUUAAUAAUUAUUAUUUCUUGAAAAAAUUGAAUGAUUGAUAAUCAUUAUUUUAAGAGAUUUAUCUUAAGUUAAAUAAUUUUUUUUCGAAACUGUUAUAAAAUAUUUUAUUACAGUUUAUUCACUAUAUAGGCUAAUAUCUCUCAAGUAUUAUCAAUAAGGACACACAUUUUAUUAAUGUUGAUUUAUUUACUGCGUUAAUAAUAUCAAAAUUUUAUCACUGUUCCACUUGUAUUAUUCAGUUUUCAAUUGUAUUAUCUCUUUAGUUUUCAAUUAUUUUUUUGGAAUAGUAGGCCCUAUGUUGUUGUGUCACAAAAAUACUGUAGCACUUCUAUUAUCCGUAAAAAAUAAUUGAAACUCUAAUGGAGUCGGAUAAUCGAAGGAAAAUAAAUCAAUCCUUUUUGAUGAAUAAUAACAAAUCAUUUCAAUGAUAAACAUAAACUGUGAAAAAUCAUUGAACGAUGCAUUAGGCCAAAAAGAUUGCACUAUAUUGAUCAAAGAGAAAUAUAAAGUUGAAGCUUCUUUUUAAAAUUGAAAAGUUAGAUUAAAAUCGAAUUAAUUAAAUGAUCGAAAUGGAAAUUUGAUGUUGGAUAUAGAGGUGCUACAGUAAUGUGCAACUUAUAGAUAAGCAUCCACUUAUAGGAUAUGAGAAGAAUAUAAUAAAUAAUAUUGUUACCGCAUCUAUUCAAUUAAUCAAAUAUAAGCAAACACUAUAAAAUCUAAUUAUUAUAUUGCUGUGAUACUAUAAACUUAUGGAUAUGAGGAGUUGACACUGAUGUUGGAAAAGUUUAUUGUUAAAUAUAUGAAGCAUGUUUUUUUUGUAUCAAUAAUAUCCCACGUACCAAAUCAGCUAAAAUUGUGUAAAAAUACUUUUUUUAGUUUCAAAUUGAUCCAGAAAUUUAAUCUAUUUCAAUGACCAACUCAUAAUUUUCUACUGACAGUUGUUUAACAAAAUCUUGUUAUCACUAUUCCAAUGUGAAUGUGGUAGGUAGCUGUUUUUUUUUCAAUUUUCCCCUUAUAAAAUCGAAAAAUACAAAAUUCUUUAUAAAGGAAUGAAACUGUGUUUUCUUCAUUCAAGCAUUUCUCAAAUAAGUUGAUUAAUUUCAAAUUAUUUUUUUCAACUAUUGGAGUCUUGCAUGACUGCUUCCUCUAAAUUGUAUCACUACUGGAUCCACCCACUGCUCCUCGUCAUGCCAUACAAUAUUCUGCAAGACUGUUCCACAAAAUUUUAUUUUGCCUGAUUGAUUCAGAACAAAUGAAUAUAUCUGUUUUAUUUGAUUUUGUAGUUCCAUAAUCAUUUUUCUCGUCUCCCUGAUUGAAUAAGUGCAGUUUAUAUUCAUUGUCAUUCACCAAAUCUAUUCACCCUUUCAACAAUUCAUUCCAUCAUUCACUUGAUUAAAUAUUAUUUUCAUUCGCCUUUUAAAGAAAUAAUAUGAUAUGCUUUCAUUAGGCCUACUUAUAAAUUCAUUUCUCUCAAAUUUCUCAUUGAUUUCAAUAAAUCUCUAGUUCAUUACACCUGAAGUAUUUCUUUAGACGUUUCCCCCGCAACUUCCUCAUCAAACUUUACCGUAUUAACAAAAAACUACCUAAUAAAAAGCAUAGAAUUCCUUACCAGUAGUCCCUAAUAUUCACUCAUUAUUAAAAUUCUUUUCCACUGAUUAUUUUUCAUCUCAAGCCUCUCUUUGCUUCUAUCAUCGUUCAUAGAUUAUCUUCUAUUAAAUCCUCAACCCUUAAUCCAUUAUAAUAUCACCUAAUCAACUCAUAUUCGCACUCAUAUUAUUUUUUUCAUUUUCCUUCGAAGCUUCUGCUCUAUUCACAUUGCAUCAUAAGCUUUCACUUAUUUUUUAAAACUCUUGUUUAUAAAGUGAUAGCCUGUUUAUAAACCAUUCUUGAGAACGGUCUUAGCCAGACACGAUUUAGUUGCCAAAAGCAACCAAUCAGAAUGACUCUUCUAGCUGGUUUCUAGGCAAAUAACUUUCUUAGGAUGUGUCUAUAAUACUACAAUCAAUUCCUUCACCUCUGCUUUUUGUAAAAUUAUCAUUUUUAAUUGAAAACGGUAGACGAGUUAAAUGGAAAUAACGUCUACUGUGCUUUACCAACCCAAUGUUUGAAAUUAAUUUAUAAUCCUGAAAAUACUUGUAAAACUAUUAUUAAACCAAUAUUGUAAUAACAAUACUAUGAUAUAUAUUUUGAAAUACUUAUUGAACUGAUACUAAUAUUGAAAUAAAUAUUAUGUAUA